CUAAACCUUCUCAUCCAUGCAGCAGAGUUCAGGAGAAGGUGAUGUGACUUCUGACAAGUGGCACAUGCCCACCCAUCAUGUCUCUGAUGUGGGUACAAAUGGAAACGAUUCUUUGAAAAUGGAUCCACCGGAAGGGUUGCUCCUUUCUAUGAAGCAUGUGUUGGAAUCAACCAAUGCAGUAGAUAAUUCUCCUGGGGUUGCCAAAUGGGAUAGGGAACCAGUAAUCCCAAAUAUAGAUGGACAGAUGCUAGUUUCAACUAUGCACAAUCUGUCAGAGUUACUUCUCUAUUCAUGUUUAAGUGGUGCAUGUGACUUAAAGGAAAGAGACACUGAUGUCAUUCAAAAGGUGAUCGAUAAUCUUUGUGCAUGUUCAUCAAAGAAUGUUGAGCAGAUGACCCCACAACCCAAAAUACAUAAUUCUGAGGAAGACACAUGCAAAGGUUUAGGAGCAUCACCUGAUCUUGACAUGAGUGAAUCUUCUGUAAAUAUGCCUCCUCUUGCCGGUGCAUUUUCUGUAAAUAUUAAGGGUCAGCUUGACAAUCACCAUGCCUUUGACAAGAAGAGGCAAGAUGCUGGGUUUGAUAGUGAGGUUGAAAGUUCUUCCGAACUUUCCUCCUGUAGGGGUAAUGCCCUGAUAAACAAAGAUGAUGCCGUGACCGAGGCUAUCAAGAAGAUUCUCAGUGAGAACUUUCAGGUUAAGGAUGAUUCGCAGCCACAAAUACGCUUAUUUAAGAAUUUGUGGCUCGAGGCAGAGGCUACUCUAUGUUCCAUGAAUUACAAGGCUCGCUUCAAUCGUAUGAGGAUCGAGAUGGAUAAUUCCGGGUCCAAUGAAGUGAAAGAUUCUUUUGAAAAUAAUUUGGAUGCGGAGAACUCAUCAGAUAUUGGAGUCUCUGUUCAAUCAAAUGAAGAUGAUAAAUUGUUGGCUGGGACAAGGAGCUGUGAAAAGCUUGAGAAGCUGAAUGCCUCUGUUCAGAGUCUGACUGUGGUCAGCGCAAUCAAUCCUACCACUGACCUUUUAGCCCAAGUUGCCGGCCUCAUAACUCAAGUACUAAAAGUACUCCAAAUGUGGAGGAACAAGGGCCUCUGAAAGUUUCUCCUGAUCUCAGCAGGACUGCAGAAUUGACAGCCGGAUCAUCCAAAGAGAACGGUAGCCUCGCACCUGAAAUCUCUCUCAAUUCUCCUGUAACAGGCGCAAUCUGCUGCACUGAUGACGUACAGGAUUCUGUUAUGGCCAGAUUGAAAAUCCUGAAACGAUGGGAUGAGAGCUUACUUUCUGAAAAUCAGACACUGAUUCCUCCAGGUUCAGUUGAUAUCGGGUCGCACUUAAAGAAGAAAGCUUUCCAGUUGCUAGAGAAAGAGUGAUAGAGGAAAGCACUGACCUUUCUGGUGGCAAGUUGAAGAUGGAGUCUCGGGCUGGUGCUGAAGAUAGUCAAAUACUCCAUUUUCGAGCAAAAGAUUCGCCCAAAACCCUCUCUCUGCAGGCUGGCAGGACUGCUCAGACUGGGAGUAUGUGCUGAAAGAGGAGAUUCGGGGCAGAGAUUUUAAAUCUUGACUUCAGGAGUAAGUGUUCCUCAAAUGUGAAUAAUCACCCAUGAUUUACUGGAUCUGUAUCGCUUCUCUAUGUUAUGUAGAACACUGUGUGUCAAACCCCAUGAAUUGCUCUUGUGGAACUCUUUGAUCUCCAAACUUGUAAAUAGCUUUCAAACGCUGUCGGUGUCACAGCUAAAUGAAGACAAGUCGUGCUUGCAUGUGUUUUGCUUCUUAUAGAGCUCAAA